AUGAGUAUUCUUUCAUCCCUCACCCUACUACUCUCGAUAUUCGCCAAUCGUGCUUUAUGUGAUACCACAUUCCGGCGCCCCCCAGAAUGGAACUUCGAUGUCGAUCGUAAAGCUGGCUUCGGAAAGAAUGUACGGUACGGGGUUGGCAACGCGAUUCAGAUUCUUUGGGAGACCGACCUCGACAAAGUUCAACUAUACUUGAUCCAAACAAUAGGAUCAACGUAUUGGGAAUAUAUAUUAGACUCAUCUCGUACUGAGUGGAAGGCUGAGUGGGAUGUAGUAGGAAUACUGAAGGAGAAUGAAGACGCUGUGUACUACUUUGCCUUAGGCGAGUAUCCCAAUCGGCUUAUGGGUCCCGACGGUCUUAUGGCACCCAUUGCUUCGACACAAUACUUUAAUGUCACUGCCCCGAGAAUCGAGACGACGACCGCAUCCACGCUACGAACUUCUACCACGGUACGGAGCAUGUCUUCUUCUCAGAUCGCAACGUCCGCCACGCAGCCCCUCCCAACAUCUACGGCCACAGAUCGAAACUUGAACCCAGACGCUGAUCUAAAUUCCGACUCUGGGAUGUCCAAGGGCGAAAUCGCGGGUGCCGCGGUUGGGGGCACCAUCGGCGGUCUAAUACUUCUUGGUGUUGUCGGAUGGUUCAUCUGGAAAAGAUUGGGACGAAGUAAAGGAAAUACGGACGUGUCAGUGGUUUCUCAGAGCCAACAAGGGCAGGUCAACUAUUCCGAGACAAAGGCUGAGCUACCUGGUGACCCGGCGCUGGAAGUUUAUCCGGUAGGGUAUGCUAGAAGUCCACCAGGGCUGCAUGAAGCGCCUUGA